GGUUGUGUAUAAUUCAACAUAUCAUAAUUGUUAUACGCUUAUUAUUGAGCUGCGUAAUUAAUAAUUGUAUUUUUUUCUUGAUUGCAGAAUUGCGGCGGUAGCGGUUCUGGAAUCUACAGAUAACGAAUGUUGCCACUAUCUCUCACCGACACAACAAUGCGAAUUAUAAUAGGCUUGGUAUUAGUGGCGUACGCCGUCGAAGCCGCAAAAAAAUUUGAGGGUACAUUGAGAUCAGCUGCUGAUGCGCCACCUCAAGACAAUCUUGCAGUAGAAUCUGGUUCACCAGAACCAGCUGUACUGUCAGCCCCUCAAGAAUAUAAGAACCCAGGCGCACCCCCUCCUCCCCCUCCAAAAACUGCACCUGAAGACGCGGAAGAUCCACAACCUGUCCCCGAAACGGCAUCAGGAGGCAUUCCGCCUUCAGCACCCAGUGGAAUAUCAGCCCCAUCUGCUCCGGCAAAUUCAUUAGAAGAAUGCGAUCCCGAGAUGAUUGGAUUCGAACUUGUCACUGGGUACGUGUUCUCGGCUCCCUCACACAUUCUCGACGACAUCCCCGGCACUCUGAUGUUGACCGACUGCCUCGAGCAGUGCCAGGCCAACGACACCUGUCGCGCUGUCAACUACGAGACAGGUCUCUGUGUACUCUUCAGCUCCGACGCCGACCAGUUGCCGGGUGCUCUAACCAAGUCCCAGUUUCCUGUCUUCACAAUUUACGCUCAGAAAUCAUGCCUUGGCGUGCGCCCUUGCGAGCGAGCGUGGUGUUUCGAUAGAGUCAGAGGAUACAACCUUAAAGGACGCGGCAAAAGAACCCACACCGUCAGUUCCCGCCAGAUGUGCCUCGACCUUUGCCUAGGCGAGAACGAAUUCGUUUGCAGAUCAGCGAACUACAAUAACAAGACUGGGGAGUGUGUGCUGUCUAACAUGGAUCGCAUAACUUUAGCUGGAACCACCGCUUUUCAACCCAACGAGGAUACUGAUUAUUUAGAAAAUAACUGUGUAGAAGAACCUACAAAACUUUGCGAAUUCAAAAAAAUGGGUGGCCGUAUUCUUAAGACAGUGGAUUCUGUCUAUCAAGAUGUCCAAACAGUUGAAGAAUGCCGUGAACUUUGUUUGAAUUCACCCUUCCGUUGUCAUUCAUACGAUCAUGGUGAUACUGGUGACCAUGUAUGUCGACUUUCACACCAUUCAAGGGCAACGCUUGCUGACAUCCAGGAUCCUUAUCUGGAAGUACCCGAAGCGGCGACAUAUGAAUUAUCAUCGUGUUACAAUGUGUCUAUUGACUGUCGUGCUGGUGAUAUGGUGGCCCGUAUUCAGACAUCUAAACUGUUCGAUGGAAAGAUUUACGCAAAAGGCAGCCCUAACUCAUGUGCCGUUGAUGUCGAACAAAGUCUGGAGUUCGAACUACAUAUGGAAUACACCAAUAUUGAAUGCAAUGUAAAGCAGAAUGGACUUGGAAGAUAUUUGAAUGAUGUAGUAAUACAACACCAUGAUACUAUAGUAACAUCAUCGGAUCUUGGUCUAGCUGUGGCCUGUCAAUACGACCUUACUAACAAAACUGUAGCUAAUGAAGUCGAUCUCGGUAUUCAUGGUGACAUCAAGACUGGUCUCUCAGAGGAAGUUAUUGUAGACUCUCCCAACGUAGCCAUGAGAAUUACUGACAGAAGUGGUGACGAUACUAUCGCAUCCGCUGAAGUUGGAGAUCCUUUGGCCCUUCGCUUCGAAAUUUUGGACCCCAAUUCACCUUUCGAAAUCUUUGUGCGCGAACUUGUCGCAAUGGAUGGAGUAGACUCGAGCGAAAUUACUCUCAUUGACAGCCGUGGUUGCCCUACAGACCAUUUCAUUAUGGGUCCUCUCUUCAAAUCAUCGAUGAGUGGAAAGAUGUUGCUGUCUCAUUUCGAUGCUUUCAAGUUCCCAUCAUCUGAGGUAGUUCAGUUCCGUGCCUUGGUGACGCCUUGCAUGCCUACAUGUGAACCAGUUCAGUGCGAUGGCGGUCCGAACGAACUCCGCACUGUCUCAUCAUACGGACGCAGGAAGAGGCGUUCUACUCCUGCGGCGCCUACCGAAAACAUGCUUUUGGUGCAGACCAUCCAAAUCACAGACAAAUUCGGAUUCGAUAAACAACGCGCCAAAAAUGUUACCGAAGACUCAGUGUACAUUAGGGAAACCGAUGUGACUUGUGUAAAUGCAGCGGGUGCUAUGCUCGCGGCGGCUGCAUUCUUGGCGGCUCAACUAGUCGUACUUGCUGCGUGGACAUGCAGCUGGCAGCGAAGACGUGCGGCGGCGAAAGCGGCCGAGUUACUUCCUGGACCUAACGCUCCUUCUUCUUUAUGCAAAGUCUACGAUGCCAGUUUCUCUCGUACGCACCAGAGGCAUUUCUGAGAUAUCGGAAACAUGUCGACGUGAUCAACGUCCGCAAUAAUAGUUUAUUUUGUUAGUUUAAAAACCCCCGUCGUGUCCCGGCUCGUGAGGCCGACGUUUCGCCGGAAAGACACGUCCACCUUUUACGAAGCGUAGGGGAACGAUAGCGGUUAUUAAUGAUAUUGUCCGAAUCUUCCGCGCUAUGCGCUACGUACGGGCGGGUGCGGAAGUACACGGCAAGGAGACGGGGACGACCACAAGAGCGUGUAUGUUUGAAGAUGGAUGCAAGUGGCGGUUUGGUGCGCAGUGAACCGCUUGCUGGCUGUGUGAAGCGUUUGUGAUAACGCUCGCUUGUCCCCAUCUCUACUGUCGUCGGCGGGACCGUGGCCGUGUGUCGUUAUCAUGAUCACGUCGCUCAUUCGUUCACUUUACGCUCGGAAUUCCGUCUGGAACUCCGAUAACGUAUUGUACCAUAUUUUUAAAAGUAGAGUAAGCCUGAUUUUAAUGAUAGUGAUAAGUAAAAGUAAUAUUUCAGUACCUUUUAAGUAGAUAACCGAACGUGCGACCUAAGUCAAGAGACGAUGGAUUGACGGCCGUCCCGACAUCGUAAUUUAUUUAAAUUAGGCUAGUUUCUUUUGACGUAAUUUAUGUUUGAGAAUCGAAUUAUACCUAUUUAAUGAAUUCUUAAUAUAAAUGAAUAGCUAAAAAUUUCAUGUAGCUUACGAGUAAAACUGUCGUCUACAAUGUAAACUGAAAGUAUUUUAUUAUGAUGCUAGUGCCUUAAAUAGAAAUGUUAAUAUAACAAAACUAUAACAAAUAUGUAUUUCAACUAUCUACCGUCCAAUAUGUCAUGAUCUGAAAUAAAUUUUCCCAAAAUAUUUUUUAGUUUUAUUACUAUUGAAUAAUGAACCUGAUAUAAUUUACC